AUGACCUGCUUGGCUUUUCUCAUGUUCCUGGUCAUAAACGGCAUCAUCAUCCACACUCUGUGCAGCCGGCCUGUGUUCAGGGAGACAUCGCGGUACAUGCUCCUGCUGAACCUGGUGGUGGCAGACUCCAUCGUGCUCUUCAUGGGACAGUUGUUGUACAUGCAUGGUGCCUUUUUCAUCUUCCUGUCCUACCCUCUGUGUGGAUUCUACGUCAUGAUCGGCUUCCUGUGCGACCAGAUCGCUCCUCUCACUCUGAUGUUCAUGUCCAUUGAGCGUUACAUUGCUGUUUGUUUCCCAUUUCAUCACCCCACCAUAGUCACCAUGAGGAACACGGCGUUUGUCAUCCUCUGUGUCUGGGGGCUGGGCUGUGUGGACAUGUUUGUUCGGCUGAUGCUCAUUGUUGAAUUCCCCUUCCACCUGCUCCCCAGCCUUCAGAUGAACGUAUACUGCAGCCAUACCGCCUUGCUGCGUGGACCACGAUCCAAGCUCUAUGAGACAGCGUCCACCAUAGCGCUCUUCCUGCUUUCUGCAUUGGUCACUGCAUUGUCCUUCAUCUGUGUGAUGGUGGUGGCAGUUUCUGCCUCCACAGAUAAGGUCUCUGCAGAGAAGGCUCGGAACACGCUACUCCUGCACAUGUUUCAGUUGAGCCUGAAUCUCAUUUCCACCAUGGGACAGCCCAUCUCCAGGGCCCUGGCUGCUCUGGUGGAACCGCCUCUGUCUGGACAGCUUAUUGUACUGGUUUACGUGUUUUUGGGGAUGAUGCCACGAUGUAUGACGGCUCUAACUUACGGACUCAAGGACUUGAGCCUCAGGCCAGUCCUGGUGUCUUUCCUCUGCUGCCGCCUGCAGGCGUCUCCAAACGCUGUCACAGCUCAAACACAUGAUCUACAGAAAAAAAUUAGGCCUCCUCAAGCCCCCAGGCACACAGCCUCCUUAUCCAUAAACAUGACUAAAGAACAGAUGACUCAGGACAACUCUGGAGUCCUACACUCCCCCCGUCUUGUCUAA